AUGGCAUCAUCCUCUUCUCAAAGUGUUCACGCAGGUGUUUCUGAUGAUGGUCAUCAGAACCACCAGAUGGAAACGAGGAGGAUUGUGGAAGUACCAAAUCGAGUUGUUUCUCGACCCAACAUGGCAAAACGACAUUGGACACGAUGGGAGGAUUUCAAGCUAAUAAAGCAUAUUGUGGCUCAUGGGGGCAGGAACUGGAAGAUUAUAUCAGACCAACUCCCUGGAAGAACUCCUGAAAGUUGCAAAGUCCGAUGGUCGAGCACAUUGAACCCGCUCUUAAAAAAGCCUCCAUUACGCAGACAGGAAGAACCAAUAUCCGAAGAAGAACUAGGAAGAACCGAUGUUUAUGUUAAGAUCUUUUAUCAUGCUCUGAUGGCUAAGAAACACGCAAGCAUGAAUCCGACCUCCUCGCCCAUGAAUGGUGCUCACAGUGUCGUUUCAUCUGUAAGUCCUUCCGGCAAGACGGCGCACAGUUCAGGCAUAGAUCUCAACGGGCCUUCUGAUGUGUAUGAACAAAGAACAGGAAUGGGGAAUAAUUGUGGGAUCUGCAAGAAGACAAUGGAGAAUGAAGAAUCAUUCAUGGCGUCAAUGCAUCUUCCUUCAACGAGUUUGAACCCGAUCACCUUGGCAACCAACAACGAUUGGCAGCCAACAGAAUCACCACCGAAAUUAAUAGAUUUUAUGGGAGUGGGGUCUGUUUGA